AUGACUGACAUCAUCAAUGGCAGUAGGAAUGAUGUAGCAGAGGUGAAACCGGGACGUUUAUUGGGAGUCUUGCAUGCCGCAAAUGAAACUCAAAACAGAAUCCUAGAGGUGAGGAAUGAUCGUCAAGGCAAGACCCGGGAGAACGACAUAGCUACGAAACCAAUCAAGGAGGAACCAAAAUCUAGCGAUGAAGACGCCAGAGUGCCAAGUGCGAGGGAGCAAGUGGAAGCACCUGAAGGCAACGAGAGGGAUGCCAAGAUUGUGGAAGCUGGGAGCGAAUCGAGAGGUGAUGGAAAGUCGGUGACCCCGGAUCAAAGGGUGGUGUGUCGCAAAAAGAAGAAAACAGAAGACGAUAGCCCUGCGGAGACAAAGGAAAAAGUAAAGUUUGACCCUUGGGAUGAUAAGGACAAAAUAAUGAUGGUGCCGGUCGGUGCCAUCACGACCGAGAAAUGCGAAGAACCUGGUAGGAAGGAAUCUGACCCAUGCAAAGCAAAAUCGGGUUGUCGCAAUGAUGAUAUUAUACUUGCUGAGCGAGAAACCCACGAGAUUGAAUCAGAUCAUUUUAGCAGCCGUGAUAGCCCCACUGAUGGUGCCGAAAACGAUAAUGACCGUGAUGGAAGACAUAUCACGGAAAUCGCCACGGACUAUUGUGAUCAAGGAGGAGGAGACGACACCGCCGAACAAGUGAAGCCAAUAAACCCCGAACCUGACUCCAGGAGAACUUCAUCAGCACACCAAGAAAUAGGAGUGCUACGGAAUGGGCGAAUCUGGAAAUGGUGGCAAAGGAAGGGAGACGAUGAAAUCACCAUGAUGUACCUGAUUAAGAGCACGCCCAUGAAUACAUGA